UAUGUGUAUCCUGUGGAUUUCAACGUUUUCAGAGAAAAAGGUUAAAAUAAUCUUCUUUUUAGCCUAAUUUUAAGAAAAUGGAUCGUACCAGUGUAGGAAGUUCAUUAGGAAGGAUGUUGUCCUCUCCUAGGAAACGAAUAUCGAUAGUUCAAUCAUUAAAGAAAAAUAGUUCUUCAACAAGUAUAUCUGGGCGUACAAAUCAAUCUGUACAAGUUAUAUGCAGAACGCAGAGCCAUACAGUAGAAAGCUUUGGCUCUCCACUACCAGUUUUAGUUACAGAGGCAUUAACAUUUGUAGAUAGAAAUACAACUGUAAGUGUAAAUGUAUCUGCAGAUGGAUGGGCCUGGCUUGUAUACGGUCGCAAAUUACUUGUAUGGCAAUGUAAAGCUAACAUUCAUGAUCCCAAACAACGAAGAACCUUCAAGACACAGUGUCGUGAAUUGUUAUUGCCACAAAGUGAUUUGGCUCAUAAAGCAAAUUGUAUAGCAGUUUGGGUACUACCUAACCAACAGGUACCUAGCUGCAUGGCAGUAUCACCAGAGGGAGUGGUACGUUUUUGGGCUAGUAUAGCACAUGAGGGAUCUUCUGUGGAAACCAGUGCUGAACUUGCAGGACAGGAAGUAGAUUGUCUUAUACAUGUGCCAGGUCAUGGAUGUAUUCUAGCUACGACCACAUGCACAGUGGCACUCUUACAACCACAAUACAAUAAUGGGAAAAACAAUAUCAUAUGCCAAGUACUUCGAACUAGUCAAGGAUGGUUUGGUGGUAUAGGUCGUAGAAUGACCUCUCUCAUUUUUGGUGCGAUACCACAAUCACCUGUUGCAGAAACAAAAUUGGUGAAAGUUACAUGUACAUCGCUAGAUGAGGGGGGAUCUAGAGUUCUCAUUCUUGCCGGAUCUUCCUUGCAAUAUUGGUUUUUUUCUCCUAAUGAACAAGAGAAAAUGGAAUUUGAUGAAGAUAUCACUCAUAUUGUUCAACAAGCAUUUCAAAGAAAAAUUUGGGAAUCAAGCCCUCAAAGUAUGAACACAUGGUUCAUUGAUAUGCAAACAUGCGAGGAAGGAAUAGUCCUUCUAAUGGCAGCUUGUACCGAUAUAUCUGUCCAAAUUCAUUUUGCUCUUGGAUUAUUACCUUUGACCGAUACAACACUGUCAAAUUCAUUUAAAUGGUUUAUACCAAUUAAAAUUGGUCCGCUAUUAUUUUAUCACGACGAUAUAGAGUCGAUGCUAGCGUCUUAUCAUUUUGUAUUAUGUAGCUGGGAGGCAAUUAUAUACAACCAGCACGAUGUACUUGUAAUUAAUACCGCAUCGGAAGUUGAGCAGGAUAAAAUCGAUUUAAUAAGGGGUGGCGAGGACAGUAUACUUGGUGGUGCUAUAUGCUCGUCGACUCCAGUAUUAUUCACAAAAAGCGUUGGCUUUGUUUCUAUUACACCGGUAGAUUUUUCGCUGCAAGAUUUCAAUGCGGGAUAUGCAGAUGCUACUACGAAUAUGGAUUAUUCUUAUAAAAUAAAUCAAACGGCACAGAACUUUUCCACUCUUAUAAGUAACGAUGAACUUCAAGAUAUGUACUGCAGCUCUGACGCGGCUACGCAAUUACGUGCCGCAUUUCUUCUAAGUCUACGACAAAAUAAGAUGCAAUGCAACGAGAUUCUCUCUCAACUUUUCCCUCUGCAAGAAGAUCCGGUGAUGGAUAUUGAUGCUACCCUCGAUACACUCGUUUUAAAAGUCGCCAAGGAUUUGAUCGACGAUUAUCCGGCAAACGAUCCAAGAUGGAUCCAUCACAAGGAUCUGUCAAUGACGAUAAAUGCAGUCACUUCUAUGCAAAUACCUCAUCAACUGGAAGGAAAAGAAAAGGCGUUAGAACUUUUCAAUAUAUUUUUGAAGGAACACAAUUUGUGGAAUAGGUUCUGUGCAGUAACAUGCAGAGGAACUAUCAUGUCCACUUCCCAUGUACUCGGUGAAUAUGCAGAAAAGAUAGUAGCAGCGUUAACUUUAUACAAUUUACAAAAUAGAUAUGCUAAAAUUAUAGAUGCGGUUAUAGAUCAGACAUUGAAUCAAAAGGAAGCUAAUGUGUCCGACGAACUUACGACACGCGAUGUAUUCUAUCGUGAAGUAAGCACGGUAUAUGUAUUUCUAUCGACUUUGGUGGAAAAUGCCUGCGAAAUUACACAAUCUGAGAGGCCCUUGCAACAAGUUGGACAAUAUAUCGUUCAAGUUAACGCUGUAUUAUUGGCUAUAUUAUAUGAAGUAGUGAAAUAUCGUCAAUAUAACGCUGAGCGCUUUGUUCCUGCAAAGUUCUUGAAUGAAAUAACCGAAUACCUUCCCUGGACGGCGGCGCCGGGUAAACAUGGCUUAAGGAAUUGUCUUAAUACGAUGCAAAGCAUUACCAUUAAAUAUGGUAUAACCGGAACUAGCGAUUCCACUAUCAAGAAUGAAUUGUACGAACAAUUAGUUAGUCUAAUUGAUUUAAUAUUGGACGGAAGGAAGUGUCAUUUGGAAAGCAUUCGUGGUACGGAAAAAUUCGAAGUACUUUUAAAACAAUACGAAACAGAACGCACUAAUCUGAUACAACCACUGAUAAAAGAGGAGCAAUAUGAUAAUGCCGCCAUGCUAGCUGAAAAAUAUUGUGAUUUUCUCUCGCUUGUGCAAAUUUGUGAAUUAACUAACAACAAAAAUCGACUCGAUGGAUAUAUAGAAAAGUUUGCGGCGCAAGAUUUUGCUGGGUUUUUGUUCUCUUGGUAUGUUAAAGAUGGACGUCAAGGACAAUUGAUCGAAAGAUGCAGACGCGGUACUGCAGAAUUGACGGAAAAGCUAUCCGAACAUCCCACUUUGUCCUGGGUACAAGCGGCAUUAACUGACGAAUUGCAAGUCGCUGCUAAUACACUCCUUACCUUAGCGACUCAAGAACACGAGCUAGUCGUUCGUAAAAAGUCAAUACUUUCGUUAGCCAAGUUGGCUCUACUCGCAUCGGAUGAAUUGGAAGAUAAAAUAGAAGACUGUGUGAAGACUAUUAAUAGCGAGUUGACGCUUAUUGCUUAUCAAGAGGAUCUACCAGCGCAAGUACUUACAAUGUAUGGUUACGACAUUAAGAAUCUACGAGUGCUCACACCAAGAGAAUUAAUUAUGUUAUAUACUUCGAACGACAAUGUCAUAGCCAAUGAAUAUGAUUUCAAGAAGGCUCUCGAUUUACUUGAUUACGUGGAACACGAAGAGGAUAAAUCAUCCAUGAGAUUACAAAUUUGGGCGCGCGCAGCUCGGCGAAAUCAAUGGGACAACAUAGACAAGAAUCCUGAGCAACAAGUUCAAGAGACAUUAUUUUUCAAAUUAAUGGAUCUUGCAUAUUUUAUGGGUGGGAAAGCAGAUGAAAUUUUACCAUACAUUGAUAUGCUUUUAAAAGAACCAGAACUUGGAGAGCUUGCUGCAUCGAAUAACUUUCAGUUUCUUAUAAAAUUAAUAUAUGAAUAUGCUUAUCGAAACUAUUAAUAAGGAAAAUAUCGGUGAAUGCGAUAAAAUAUAAUUUAUAUCUUGUGUAACAAAGAAAAAUUGUUGCACAGUAUCAAAUGAUGAAGUAACAGUAUUAUGUGAUAUAUUAGAAUUUCUCAUUAAAUUCAUU